GUGCUGACGACUUGCGCGGCUUACAGGACUUUAACUCGCAACUCGCAAGCUGCAUUUCGUUCGGGUCGAAACAGCGCUGAGACCCGCACAACCUGCAUAGCUGCACAGUGCGGCGCGGAAGUGCAACGAGUGCAGCGGCCGCUUGCCGCUAGAAUCCUCGUUAGGUUCGCGUUCACCUGGCACGCGAACGCACGAAGCACGAAGGUGAAGGUGGUGUUGACGUUACACUCCGACGGGCAGUGUUUCCCAUCAUCAACAUCGUAAUUAAAUAGCACAAAUGUGCGCGCGAUGAACCAGCAACGUCUUCUUCUUCUUCCAUCCUCGCCAGGGGACUCAUAAAUCAUCGCAAAGUAUCGAAUUCGAGGGCAAUACAGCCGGAGAUGACGUGAAGAGGAAAUAUCCGCAGCUAGGGAGAGAUUUUGCAACGAAUUUAUGGCAGAUGUUUUCCAAGUAAAAGAUGCGCUUCAACAAGCAGGAGCUGGAGGCGCUCGCCACGCAGCCCUCCAGCAAGUUCGAGAAGGAAGGCGCGCUGUGCGUCCGCGAGCGACAGGAGGGCUUCUUUCGGAAGUCGGAAGGCAGAGGUAGCAAAAAUAAGAAAAAGCGCCUUCGUAAUCUCAGCUGUGUGGGGGGAACGAGUAAAGUGAGCUUGGAACGCUGGUGUCGCCUGCGUGGCAAUCUUCUCUUCUACUUUAAAAGCAAAGACCCUUGGUCGGAACCCAUUGGCGUGGUUGUCCUGGAGCAGUGUCAGGUGCGGCUGGAACCACCCAUGGCUACAACCCCUUUACCCCUUGAAGGCAACUAUCCCUUUUAUUUAGUAUUUGAUGGUGGUUUGUGUCAAUCGCUCGCCGCCUCUUCCGAAACCGAACGCAUCAGCUGGAUGGACGCCAUUCGUGCGGCCAGCUAUGAAGGCAUCCGCGCCGAAUUACACACACUUCGGCAAUGCAUCGAACGCCGUCGCACGCACAAACCCCAUGUGGAUGUCAACAUGUGGCGCUUGCAACGCACGCACUCCAUUGAUCUUUCGGAGUUACCUUUGUGCGAGGUGUCACUGGCGUGUGAUAACUUGCUCUGUGAUGCCAAUGGCCUAGCUCCCAAUCCCACGUUGGUGGUGGACGUGCAUAUGCCGCAGGGUAAACUAUGGGUGCAGUAUGCGCGUACCGAAAUCAUCGAACGCAGCAGCAAUCCAGGCUUUUUGUGCACGGUUUGUUUCCGGUCUUCCGAUGGCCUCUCCGGCGAGUCAAAGAUUCGCUUUACGGCGUUCGAUGUUAAAGAGCGAGUGUCACACACGGCGAUUCCACUCGGGUCGGCGAUUGUGUUGCUUAGUGCCAUUCAGGAUUCGACCAGACUGCGAAUUCCGUUGAUGUCCAGUUCCCAGAAUACCGUCGGGUUUCUUACCAUCAGUGCGUGGUCUUUGGAGGCGGAGGAUCGCGGCAGCAGUACGGAACAUACGCCAUGCAGAGUGCCAAUGUUAACCAAUCCACAAGUGAUGUCCCAUCGUCGUUCGCAGUCGUUGCCGCCGCGACUGGGCGCCAAGAUGCGGCUGCCUAGUCAGGCCGAAUUGAAACUCCUCUACGCAUCGCCCUUUGUGCAAACAUACAGAUUUCAUUCGGGCCUUGGUGGAGAUAUCUGCGUGCAUGAACUAAUGGCCGAAAGCAAGCUAUGCUUUGCCUUUCCGCAGCAGUUGUUGAGUGUCUGGAUCCAUCAAGAGAAGGAGUUGCUGCAAGAAGUGGCCGGUAUGGGCGAAUUAAGAGAACCGUGGCAUUCGAGACAGGUAGAGUUACUUGAUCGGCACUUGCAUCUAUUGCGAUUGUAUUCGCAAGCACGCGAAAAUCUCCAGGCGCAUAAAGGGUCGCUAUUUAAAGCGAGCUCGCGAAAAUCCGACAGGAGUCUUGAGUUUGCUCCGGUCAACCUGCAUCUGCAACGCAUGUGGGUGCACAAUGAUACGCUUAACAAGGCCGGGUUCUACGACUGGAUCACUGUGGGCGCAUUUACUGCACACUCGCACAAAUCUAAAAAUGGUGGACUCAUAAAGCUCGUUCAACAAUUAAAAGAAUCGCCGAUCAAGUCGAAUUCGAAUGAUCAGAUUAGUACAAAGAUUUCGAUGGCGCACGACGCCAUUCAGGCCAUCAAGCAAUUGCGCAAAGAUGUUGUUGAAGGAAUGCGCCAACUCAUGCGGCUCGCACGCGACAAGCAGACCAUAGGCAUGUUACCGAUCUGCGACGAUAUGGUGAAGAAGACGCGGAUACUUUUAGGCCUAUGGGAUAGCGGAUUGGUGGAGGAGGCGUUAGGUUUUAUCGAAGAGUACAAGCUAGUAUCAACCGAUCAAGAUUCGGGUGUUUGUGAAGACUUUUCCGUUGAGCGCCCCCUGACACUUUCGCCCUUCAAACGCAUCACACAACAAUUGACACUUGAUCUGAAGAGUCCGGAUCUUGAUGACUUCGCAACUCCUUGUACGCCAAUGGAGAAUAUGUGGAACAUGGAGAAAGUUGACCGGAGUUUGUUGAAUACCAGCGAGGGCGUAAGAAGCCUUUGCUCCAAUAUGCAAACUCCGGACGAGUGCAAUUUUGUAAUUUUUCCCGAUUGCGAGGACCACAACGAUAACAUCACAUCUUCGCUAGUACUGGGAGGAUCCGAUGACGAUAGGAGGAAUGAUAACGGUAGAACCUUUCUAGAUACGCAUGUUAUGUGUAGUUCACCGUCGGCGAAUUACUACAAGCCGACAGAUGAGCCAGAACCUUGGGACCUUACCCAGCUGAAUAUUGAAGCAAGCGUUAUGUGUCUGGUGAGCAAGGUGAAGUUUCUCUGCGGGCGAUGCGGAUCCCCAGCCGUGCGUCUCCGGCAGAAUCAAACCAAAAAGGCUGUGAUCACUAAUCAACCGAAUGGUACUGCGGAUCCUUCUCAGGACCUUCGGAAGAAUGUCAUCCGGAAUGGUAAUAAGUUUACGGAUGGUCUUGACCUCACCAAAAUCGCUGAUUGGGUCGGAGAGUUGCGGCCCAGCAUGAAAAAGCUUCGUCAGGCUAUGGACGGUUUACUUAAAACUGCACGACUAACGCAUUCCGUGUUUCGCGUGCAAGAGGAACCCAAAUCUGCGCAGAGGGUUUGUAAUGUAAGAUAUCGACGGGACGUUUGCUUCUCGCAAGCGUUGACUUCCUUAGUAGCGGCGUUAAUGACACGCCUAUGGUGCCAAAAACCAGACCCCGCGUUUGUCACCUGCUUAAGUACCCUGGGUCCAUUGGCCUGCUUCGAAGGGUUGUUGAGUUACCACGGCAACGAGAUCGACAUGUGGGGCGAUAUGUCGGUUGCGAUUGAAGAUCUGCGCACGGUGAUGUUUAUUCUUGUGCGUUCACCCAUCCCGGCAAGCGGUGCCGGCGAACCACAAUUGAUGCCUAAGGUUACAGGUAAUCGCAACGCGCUUACCGUGUCGCUGCCCGUACCUGAUUCGCUUUACUCGCUGAUACCCAGCCGAAUGAGUUUGACCUUCCACGUGACUCCGGUGUUCUUUAAUAUUGGUAUCAACGAACGUGCUACGUGGGCGGAGAGCGUGGGCGCGACGAAACCUCAAGAGCGCUCGAAUUGUGACAACUUUGAACGGUUGAACGAGUAUUAUUUAAGGUACCGGAAGUUAAACAUGCCGGAGACGCCAUUGUAUCAUGGUAGGGCGACAUCUAGCGCGGCGCAUGUGCGACCAUUAUCUACACUGAUGGAGAUGCUAAAGAUAUCGGUGCAUAGUGAUAAGUCGAAGAACGUGGAGAUUUUGCAUUUGUCCGCGCAAAUAUGUCGCCAGAUGCGUGGCUUACGCUUCACGAGUUGCAAGAGUGCCAAAGACAGGACGGGAAUGGGCGUCACACUGGAACAAUGCCACAUUCUGGCUGAAGAGUAUCACUUGGCAGAGCAUGAAUUCCAGAGAGCGCUGGAUUGCAUUCGCAGUGAAGGCUGUCGCAGGGAGAACACCAUGAAGAACAUCAACGUGCGAAAGUACGCCUUUAACACGCUGCAACUGUUGUCGUUGCCGCGGUGCUACCGCCCGCCGGCCGGAACGUACGGUUCGGCGGCCACCUAGGAGAUUACCUCAGUCAAGUGUGGCAUCCGUGUGUGUAUGAUUGCUAUUCGUUUUUACUUAAAUUCCAAGGUGCCAAUUACGACCUUAGUCAACUAUAUAACUAUUGUUAUUCACUUUUCGAAAUUUUACUUUGAAUAUUUAUAUUUAUAGCGUUCUAUAUUUAUUUACACGAAAAACCAAACUCUCUUAUUACUAAUUAUGGUAGAUAAUGUUUAGGACAAUCCAUAAACUGAAAUAGAGAUUACCAAACUA